UUACAUUACAACAGUUCAGGUGUCAAAUUUAGGAAAUGUAUCAUUGGCACAGUGUUACAUACUCUUUGGCACAAUGUUACAUACUCUGUCGUCUAUCUUCUGUUACUUUGUUCUAAUAAUGUUCUUUAUAGCAUUUUUUUUUUCUGGUCCAGUAUCCCAUCCAGGAUUGUAGUUUGUAUGUAGUUGUCUUGUCCCCUCUAGUCUCUUGUCUGGGGCAGUUCCUAAGCCUCUGUCUUCGAUGACCUUGACAUUUUUUAUAGCAGAAGCUUUUUGUUUUGUGCAUUGUUGCUCACUUUGGAUGUGUCUGAUGUUUCCUUGAGAUUAGGUUCAGAUGAUGCAUUUUUGGCAAGAAUACCACAUAAAUGAGAUGUGUCCUCUGUGCAUCACGGCAGAGGGCACGUGAUGUCUGGUCCGUUACUGCUGAUGUGAACUUUGAUCAUGUGAUUGAGAUGAUAUCUGCCAGGUUUCUCCAAGAUAAAGAAAAACUGAUUGCUUAUCAACGAGAAUUUCUUGCUUUAAAAGAACGUCUCCGAAUAGCUGAACACAGAAUCUCUCAGCGGUCUUCCGAACUCAGUGCCAUUGUACAGCAGUUCAAGCGUGUAGGAGCAGAAACAAACAGAAGUAAGGAUACGGUGAAUAAAUUUUCAGAUGGUACCCUAAAGCUCUUGAGGGAGUUAACAAGCAAAAAAUCUCUUCAAGUGCCAAGUAUUUAUUAUCAUUUGCCUCAUUUAUUACAAAAUGAAGGAAGCCUUCAACCUGUUGUGCAGAUUGGUAACGGAAGAACAGGAGUUUCAAUAGUAAUGGGAGUUCCCACAGUGAAGAGAGAAGUUAAAUCUUACCUCAUAGAAACUCUACAUUCCCUUAUUGAUAACCUGUAUCCUGAAGAGAAGUUGGACUGUGUUAUAGUAGUCUUCAUAGGAGAGACAGAUAUUGAUUAUGUAAAUGGUGUUGUAGCCAACCUGGAGAAAGAAUUUUCUAAAGAAAUCAGUUCUGGCUUGGUGGAAAUAAUAUCCCCCCCUGAAAGCUAUUAUCCUGACUUGACAAACUUAAAGGAGACAUUUGGAGAUUCUAAAGAAAGAAUAAGAUGGAGAACAAAGCAAAACCUCGAUUAUUGUUUUCUAAUGAUGUAUGCUCAGGAAAAGGGCACAUAUUACAUCCAGCUUGAAGAUGAUAUUAUUGUCAAACAGAAUUACUUUAACACAAUAAAAAAUUUUGCACUUCAACUUUCUUCUGAGGAAUGGAUGAUACUUGAGUUCUCCCAGCUGGGCUUCAUUGGUAAAAUGUUUCAAGCGCCAGACCUCACUCUAAUUGUGGAAUUCAUAUUUAUGUUCUAUAAGGAGAAACCCAUUGAUUGGCUCUUGGACCAUAUUCUGUGGGUGAAAGUCUGCAACCCUGAAAAAGAUGCAAAACAUUGUGAUCGACAAAAAGCAAAUCUGCGGAUUCGCUUCAGACCUUCCCUUUUCCAACAUGUUGGUCUGCAUUCUUCACUAACAGGAAAAAUUCAGAAACUCACGGAUAAAGAUUACAUGAAACCAUUACUUCUUAAAAUCCAUGUAAACCCCCCUGCAGAAGUGUCUACUUCUCUGAAGGUCUACCAAGGACAUACACUGGAGAAAACUUAUAUGGGGGAGGAUUUCUUCUGGGCUAUAACUCCAGUAGCUGGAGACUACAUCCUGUUUAAAUUUGACAAGCCAGUCAAUGUGGAAAGUUAUUUGUUCCAUAGUGGCAACCAGGAACAUCCAGGGGAUAUUCUGCUCAACACAACUGUAGAAGUUUUGCCUUUGAAGAGUGAAGGUUUGGAAAUCAGCAAAGAAACCAAAGACAAACGAUUAGAAGAUGGUUAUUUCAGAAUAGGGAAAUUUGAGAAUGGUGUUGCAGAAGGAAUGGUGGAUCCCAACCUAAACCCCAUCUCAGCAUUCCGACUUUCAGUUAUUCAGAAUUCUGCUGUUUGGGCCAUUCUUAAUGAGAUUCAUAUUAAAAAAGUCACAAACUGACUUAUCUCCUAAGAAACCAACAGAUUUUUUUCCCCGUGAAUUUGUUGAUUAAAGAUGGCUGAGCAUGUACUGUUUUUUGGUAACUUGAAUUCUACCUCUUGUGAAAUCUACUGUAGAUAAGAUGAUUGUCAUUUCCACUUGGAAAAUGAAUCUUCCAUGGAUAAUUGUAUUCAUUCGAACCUAAGCUGUCCUCCAGUUUUAACUUGACUCAGACAUUUUACAGUUAUGACAGCCUGUUAAUAUGACUUGUACUAUUUUGGUAUUAUACUAAUACAUAAGAGUUGUACAUAUUGUUACAUUCCUUAAAAUUUGAGAAAAAUUAAUGUUAAAUACAUUUUAUGAAGGGGGUACUUUUGAAGUUCAUUUAUUUUACUAUUAUAGACCCUCUUUUAUAGAUUAUCAGGGAUUAUAUAUAUAUAUAUACACACACACAAAUAUACAUAAAAUGCUACGGAGUUAAUUUAUUAGAAACACUUAAGAAGUACAUAUUUUUGUGCAGUAAAUUUUUGAAUCAAUACUUUUUUUGAAAACCAGUUACCUUGCUUUUUUAAGUUCUUUCUAUAUUUUUCUUUGGAAAUGCAAACAUUACAAGUUAAUGCCAUUUUUCAAAUGCACUGCCAUUUAAGAAUGAUUCUAGAUUGAUUUCCUAACUGAAGUACUUUUAUAAUCACAGUGAUUCUGAACAAAAUAUUUUCAAAGGCAUUUGUCAUUCCUUCAAGCCAAGAUUUUAAAGACCAAUGUCCUUCUUGAGGGUUAUUUUACUAUACUAUGUAUGGUGUGUAGCCACAAAAAAUCAGUCUGAUAAAUUUUAAUGUGCAGGGGUGAUGCAUUUCAACCCAAAUUAUCAUAGACUGAAGUCAUUGCAUUUCCUUUGAUAUGUAAAAUGACAAACUCUUCUCUUUUAAUCUUUGUCUUUAAUCCAUGAAUUAGAGGCAUUUUCUCUUUCCUUGAUGCUUUUUUAUAUCUCAGAACUCACUCUGUGAGUUCUGACAAAAUGUUUUCUAGGUAAUGCUAUUGUAUGAGUCAUAAUUGGUUUAAUUUUAAAGAAAAUCAAAAUUGUAAUGUUGGUUUUUUGGUGAAAGGUAUUGUAACAGUUGUAUGUUUUUCCAAAAUAAUUUAUUCUAUUGCAUUAUGAACUUGUAAGUAAAUUCACAUCUGAAGAGUAUUUAUUGCUCUUAAACAUGCAAUUCCAAAUGAUAUCCCUACUAUAAACAAAAAUAUUAUCAGCCUUAGCAAUCGGUGAUCUUUACAAAAGUCUUUUACUUUUACAAAAUUAUGAAUUAUCAACAUCAGUUCCCAACCAGCCUGGUGUCCUCAGGUGGGUUGCAGGCGGUUACAGGUGUGCAGAGCUUGAAUCUCCUGAGCUUUCAGAGUAGCCAGUGGCUGAGGCCUCUGGCAGUUGGAGGUUCUAGCUGGUUGCCUUUAGCCUGGAGGAGCGUCACCUGGUUACCCAGCAGGCUGAACAUACAGCUUCUAGACAGCCUCGUUUUCUGUGCAGGGUUAUGCAGUGAAAAAGGUUGGGAAACACUGAUCGGGUACAGUUAUUUCCAUUACUCCAUAUUUGAAUAACUCUUAGUUACUUUUUUUUUUUUUUUGCGUUAUGCGGGCCUCUCACUGUCGUGGCCUCUCCCGUUGCGGAGCACAGGCUCCGGACGCGCAGGCUCAGCGGCCAUGGCUCACUGGCCUAGCCGCUUCGCGGCAUGUGGGAUCCUCCCAGACCGGGGCACGAACCCGUGUCCCCUGCAUCGGCAAGCGGAUUCUCAACCACUGUGCCACCAGGGAAGCCCCAAUUACUUUUCUUGAUUAAAAAGUUACAUGUUGCCAAGAAUGAUUUCUUUAUGUCCGAGUCCAGUUAAAAAUUUUUAUUGAGGUUUUUAAAUUUUACUUUUUAUUUUCUUUAAUCUACGUUUUAUUUCCUUCUCAAAUCUCCUUGGCCCAGCGCCUAACAGGGAAAUGUCACUGCAAAAGCAUAAACCUUUCAUUACAAAAUUGUGGCACCAGCUUCGCAUACUAAAUUACUGCUGUAACAAAUAAGUAUGAGGAGGUAAAAAUCUGGAGGAAUCCCCGUGUUUCCCUGCUUCCCAAGUAGCUAACUCUGAUUUGAGGAAGAAAGGCCAAGCUCUGAGAGUCUAGGGAGGUGACAGUAGUUGCAGCUCCUGGCCAUCUGUUGGGGUGUCUCGGUCUUGAGACUGAGCCUUUCCCAGCCAGCUUUGUCCUGUUUUUGUGCUCAGUCUCCCCUCCCAGGCUUAGCUCAUCCCUCCUGUUCCUGAGAAGACUUUCAGCCAGAUCUUAUCCAUCUUUCAAGGACUCUCCUGUGCACUCCUUCCUCCCCAUGGAUUUGUUACCAGUGCCUCGUUGAGCCCAGAACAGUGCUUGCCACGUGGCAGGUGCCCAGGCGGCGUCUGGGGAAGGGGACCAGCUGUUCCAGCCCACACUCCUCUUUCUUCUUCUUCUCUUUACCUACUGUCCUUGCCACACACACACACACACACACACACACACACACACACACACACUCAGCUGUCUGUUUGUGGUGUGUGUGCACAUACACGUAAUCACUCUGGCCAAAUGUCAGGCUCCUGCAGGCAAGCCUGUAAGACAUGCUUCCUAGCUUCCUCUGCUGCACAGGUGCUCACGGACCCUCGUGUUAGCUGCGCUCUCCUUUCCCCCAGUUUCCACUAGACAAUUAGAAGCAGCCAGGCUUGCCUCAAGCAAGCGAUUAUAGUGGUUCCCCUUAAGAGUCAUGUUAGGGACUAAAGUAUUGGGACAGAAGAUGAGGGGACCUGGAACGAGAGCAAGUACAUACUUGACCUUGAGUGGACACUGAACCACUUUUACCCAGAGUGAGUGGGGAAAAGUACAAAUGGCGGGACUAAUUUUAUUUUAUUUUUUAUUUAUUUAUUUUUUUUUUGCGGUACGCGGGCCUCUCACUGCUGUGGCCUCUCCCGCUGCGGAGCACAGGCUCCGGACGCGCAGGCUCAGCGGCCAUGGCUCACAGGCCCAGCCGCUCCGCGGCACGUGGGAUCCUCCCGGACCGGGGCACGAACCCGUGUCCCCUGCAUCGGCAGGCGGACGCGCAACCACUGCGCCACCAGGGAAGCGCCUAAUUUUAUUUUUAUGUAUGUAUAUGGUAUGAUGUCUCUGGAGCUGCACUAUCCUCUACAGUAGCUACUGGACACGGGGUGGCUAUUUAAGUUUAAUAAAACAUUCAGCUCCUCAGUCACACUAGCUCCCUAUGGCUAGUGGCCACUGAGUUAAACAGCACAGAUAUAGAACAUCUCCAUCAUCACAGAAAAUUCUGUAGCACAGCACUGUGUCAAGAGUGCUAAUAUGAACAUUUUAGAAUCCAGAAUAAUGAAUUCCCAUCAUGAGGCUAAAAGCAGACAUGCAGAAUAUAUCGUAGUGCAAAUGAUGAUGAGUAUUUUGGGUGAGAAGAGGAGGUUGAGGACCUAAUUCCAGGAUUCUACGAUCCACUUUCUAAGUUAUUGAAGUCUCAUGCAUUCUUUACAGCAUUCACUGUCCCUACUGUGUAGUCCAAAAAGAGUGACAACUUGAGGAUGAGGUUCCAAAGCUUGUGUGAUUGACAGGCUUUGGAAAAUGUGAAUGCACAUGGAUUUAGUACACAGCCUCUAAACGUGUAUGUGAAGGUUAAUUCAGCUGUUGGAGAUGUCUUUGAACAAGCUUUUUAAGUCAAUUGCAUUAGUAAAUAAUUAGAAGGUGUUAUUUUUAAAACUUCAGCAACGCUAUGGAGGCUUCUUUUAAAUAUGUCAUAAUAAUGAAAAAAGUUGUCUUCCAACAAUGCUGUCCUCAAAGACAAGUGUGGUUAUAUGGAAACAGCAUGUUUGGAGAGAUUGCUCUAAUUAAUAGCAGUGAAUGUUUGUAGCAGCCAGAAUUCCAUGGAUGAGCCCCCCCCCCCGCCCAAUGACUUGGUAUAUCCUAACCCUUUGAGUAUGUGUGGAACCUGUGAGUAUGAUCCAUAAUUAUGUUGUACAGCAAAAAGGAGAUUAUCUGGGGACAGCUCAUCUAAUCAGGCAAGCCCUUUAAAAGCAGAGUUUUCUCAGGCUGUCAACAGAAGUCAGAUUCAAAGCAGGACUUGUGGCACCAUGGCUGGUUUAAGAUGGAGGCGGCCACAUGAGAAGGAAUGCAGAUGGUCUUCAGGAGCUGAGAGGCCCCAGCUGACAGCCAAGAGAAUGGCAACGGCAGUCCUGCAGCCACAGGAACUGAACUCAGCCACCAACCGGAAGGAGUGUGCAGGUGGACUCUCCUCCAGCAGCUAAGAGCUCAGCCCCUCCAACACCGGAUUCCAGCCAUGUGAAUCUCUAAGCAGAGAGCUCAGUCCUGCCUGCCUGGACUUCUGGCCUACAGAGCUGUGAGAUAAUAAAUGGGUGUUGUUUUACGCUUUUAAAUUUGCCGUGAUUUUAUGCAGCAAUAGAAAAGGAAUACAAUAUUUAAAAGAGGUGAAGCGGAGAAGGCUUCCUACUUGAUUCCCUCUGGUAUGUUGGGUAUUUCUUGAUAAACUUAUGAAUAAAGUCUUGCACUAGCAGAUGAUAUACACAGGCCUCACCUGGGAUUCUCUCCCAGAGACCUCAGUUAAUCAUCUUUGGAAGGUUGUUGGCAAAAACUUGCAGCACUUUUGUAGCGUUUCAUGAAGGAACCGCUAGCAUGAGAUUGCAGGAGCAGGAUCCAGUGAGUAAGGAAUCUUUUUCCUGGAAUAGGUGUCACUUUAUGUUGAUUAAGGCUGCUCUGAGCCUGUCAGUUAUUUAAGAAUGAGGAACAGUGGUAUUUUAAGACAUUAAGAGAAAAAAAAAUUAUGCUUUUAUGUAGAGACCAAAUAAUCUACUCUGUAUUGAAGGACUUUUUUAAAAAUUUUAACCAAAAUUUAUAGUCUAAGCACAGAUCAAAUCCUAUACGUGCUGACGAAAUUUUUGUACUUAGGGAAUACUUUUCAAAAUACUUCUCUGCUUCCAAGCCAUUAAUUGCUAAUGAAGUUUAAUUUUGAUUUGUCCAUUACUUUUUGUGCUUCUUUUACUAUAUUGCUAUAGCCUUGAUGUAAGAAAAGCUGAGCUAAAAGAAAGAAAAUGAGAGGCUAACAUUAUCGAAGGUCAGAAAUUUGAGUCAUAAUCAUAUCUGAGAUCCUAAGGGAACUUUGACAUCUGAUCUCUUUAAAGAAAAGGAAACUUUUCAAAGCUAUGUAGCAGUGUUCAUAGUGUGUGAAAUUUAGGUUGAUAGUUGUAAAUUAUUAAUUAUUAGUCUUAACAGAUAUAUGCCAUGAUAACUAACAUGCUUACUUUAUUUCUUCAAUGCAUGUGAACCUACAGUGCUGAAGAGACCACUACUACAGUAUUACUAAAAGAAAACAACAGAGGAUUUGUUAUAUAUAUACAUAUAUAUACCCGUAUCAUCAAUGCUUAUAUAGAAACUCUUCUCUUCUUACCUGAAACACGUGCUUCACCUGUUUGGGCACUAGCUAGAGCAUUUCCAGAGGAACAAACAAGAGCGAGCUGGCACUCCAGUUAUGUGUGAGUUGAGAAUUUAGAUGUUCAAAAACGUGAACUGAACACUGAAUGGGAAACACCGUGUGGAAAAACGUUAGGAACAGUGGUGCUAAAAUUGUUCUAAACUAAGGACUGUCUGUUGUGGGGAACAUUCAAUACUCUUAGACACUAGGGAAGCUGUUUAAUAUGUCACUUGCUCCUAGUGGCUUCAUGGUAUUAGUAAUUAGCAAAUUGCCCUGGAAUCAAAGGUUUGGUACUUUAGUUUGAUUAGCAUUCCAUUAUUUAUUUGAAAUAUUCAGUGUUGGCUGAAAUUGGGUGAAAAUACCUUUUGAAGACAUAGUCUCUGAGCCUUAAAGAUGGUGGAUAUCGACAGUACUGUAAGAUGCACUGCCAGCAGAGUUGAUACUUUUCAUUUCAGUGUAGACAGUCACGUUUUCUAAGACAGAUUUAGAAAUCAGCUGAGUAAACUGUAACAGUUGUUUCAUUUAUGGAAUGAAAAACUGAAGCAUUUUUCCUUGAGAACAAACUUUGUUUGGAAAGGUUGUCUUUGUAAUUGGGGGUGUUUCUGGAAGCACCCCUGGGAGAAGCUGCCUGAGGAACUGCUUUUCCAGGUUGUACCAGAUGUCUUUUUCUCCGUAAAUGUAUUGUACAUAUUUUCCUUACAAUGUCUCCAUUGGUUGAAUGGGUAAUCUCUGUAGUAAUAUUUUAGGUACCUGUUGGAUUUUUAAAGGCAGGUUAUUUAUUUUCACAUUUGCUGCUAUAACUGAAAACCUGAUAACUAGUCCUGUUGACUGUGCCUUUCAUCACUGUUUCUCUGUGCCACAACCGUUCAUGUGUAUUUGAGAUAAAGAAGUUUAAAAAGCCAUGUUGAAUUCAAGACUCCUAAUAAAAAUAA